UUUUUUUCCCCCUCGUCUCUGCGACGUCAGAACCUGCGACGCAAAAAGGUCACGGCAGCGCAGCCGCACCCGCCCAAAACUAUUCGGCACAUAGCAUUCUAGCUAUCUGCGACAGACGAUGGUUCUUCUGGUUAUUUAUUAGCUUGCCGCGUCCUCUCCCUCUCGAACCAUGUCGUUUGCGUGUCGGCCUAGAUUCUCCUGUCUGCGGUGCCAGUCGAGGGCUUUUAGUUCAUCCUACCGCCUCCAAGCCGAGCAGCGCCCGUCGCCGGCGGCGCAAGCGGCGGCGAAGACCGCCGCCACAAGCCCGCCGCCGCCGGGGAAGAGCCCGACCACGCCGCCCCCCAAGACGAUACCCCCCUCCCCGCUGGCGGAUGUGCCGAGGGCGGACGGAGAGCGGGUCGAGUCCUUCACGCCCAAGCCGCUGCUUCGUCCGAUAGGCAUGCCGAACCCCCCGCGGCCGGGUGAGAACACGGGAGUCGAUCUCCGGACGCUCAAGCAGCGUCGCGACGACUUCGUCAACUACGAGAAGCACCUCGAGAAGCGCGAGGAACUGAAGAAGAAGCUGCUGCGCCCGUACUUCCGCGACUGGGGCAACCUGAGCUUCCACAAGGGCAAGACGUUCAUCGCGCCGCCGCGGCCGUUCAAGCGGGAGCUGUCGCUCUUCUUCCCGAACCUGCGGGGGGCGACGCCGCUCGCGGGCGACCGGGGCCCGCGCGACACGACGCCGGCGCUGCGGGGGCGGGUGUCGGUGGUCAGCGUGUUCAGCGGCGCGUGGGCGGAGCGGCAGGCGGGCAGCUUCGCGGCGGCGGAGAGCAACCCGGAGCUGGAGCGGGCGCUGGAGCGCGGCGGCGGCCGCGCCCGCCGCGCCUGGGUCAACGUCGAGGAGAACGCGCUCAAGCGCGCGCUCGUCCGCCUCUUCGCCGGCGCCGCCCGCCGCCGCGUCGGCGAGCCCGACCGCGACCGCUACUUCCUCGUCGCCCGCGGCGUCACCGACGACAUCCGCGAGCGCCUCGGCCUCCUCAACCGCAGCGUCGGCUACGUCUACCUCCUCGACGCCGACUGCAGGAUCCGCUGGGCCGGCAGCGGCCCCAGCGAGGACCACGAGCGCCGCGGCCUCGCCAACGCCGUCCUCCACCUGCUCGAAGAGGAGGAGAGCCUGAAGAAGGCGUCGGGAUGAAGGCGCCGCGAUGUCGCCGCCACGCACAUGUAUCAUCACUAUUUUAUGACUCGAGGUGGAAGACGAUACCCGCAUUUCUGUGAAAGAAGCUGCCGAUAGUCCGAGUACGUAGAUCGGGUGCACACCCUGAGAUGAGGAAUGUCGCCCGGAGCCUGUCUAGUAUCGCCGAAUUGAGGCGAUUCAAUUGUGCUUGCACAAGAGCUGGCGACCCUACAUUAAGCCGUGUUUCAAAAUAGACAAGAGAUCAUCGUCAUCUUUAGGAAUAGAUGUUUUUUUUUCGAUUCGUCCCCAUGGCGAAAGGGAGCAUAUCGUCCAAUCGGGGUGUAGUGAUUAUUUGAGCCCUCC